AUGGAGAAGAGGCACAGGCUGGAGCGACUCCUGAAGCUGCGGCAGGAGCAGUACGGAGAACAAGAUUGGCGAGUCAUGCUUACCCAACUCAAGCUUGUCUUGGUCCUUGCAGAGCUGCAAGAUUUCGUAAAGAUGACGGAGUUUUCGGAUCAUUUAAUGGCGAUAGCCCGUCAUUCAAGUGGUUCUGAACGCAUGGACCUUGCACUAUCGCUUUCCGGGAAGAUGGCCCUGCUGCUGCAGAAGUGCUUGGUACUGCAACACGGUCUGGCUUCUCUCGAUCCGACAGACUCGGCGGACGUGCCCCGCAGGUGCCUCGAACUUACCGGCUUCUUGCUCAAAUUCGGAGUCUGCCACCAGCUGCUCGGGGACGAGGUCACGCAGAAUGCGCUUGAGCGUUUCGUCCAAAUCCUGGAGCAGCGUGGAGGAUGGACCGAGGUUGCACUCGGCCUCAAAGUGUUGGCCACGAGAUUCUGGAGUCAGACAGCCUGGGAGGCUAGUGGACAGAUAAGUCUCUUGGAGCGAGCUUUCGACCUCCUGGAGCGCGAAUACGGCACGAAGCAUACCGUAACAGCCGUGGCUUCUGAAUUGCUGGAAAACCUAUCACUGUAUUCACUGUAUGAUCAGCUAGGCCGCCUGCCCAAGACACGGCGAAGCUCCGAAGCCUGGAAAAAUGGCAAAGGAAACAUGGUUGUGUCCCUCGGUCACAGCGACAGCAUCCAGAUCCAGAGCGGAAUCUUAAUGGCAUCGAAAAGGCUCUCACAAGCCAAGUUCGAAGUCGUGGACACAAUGGAUUUCCCCAUUCUGCCGUUUGAUGUGACACCACUCAGUCCCGGCUUGAGGCUGCUGCCUCACGAAACAUGCUUCCAGGAGCCGAUACUGCUCUUGCUACCGGUCAUUGCCGCGACUGGGACUGACCGGGCGGCCACAGCGUGGCGCUCGACGCCCGGUGGUGGAUGGGAGCACCUUGAGGCUGUCACAGUGUUCAACAUGGAAGAAAAGGUCUCGGUCAUCCCGUCUCUCAGGGACAACGACGCCCUCAGUGCCGAGAUGUUGCCUUAUAAGGGCUCGCGUAUAUUUUCUUCGGACAGUCGAAGCAGCAUCCAUACACUUCCAGUGGUCGAUGACGAGAUUUCCUUACCGCACCACUUCGAUUGCGACGUUGCCGCAUUCUGCCUGAAGCACUUCUGUGAGAUGGUUGCGGGUGUCGUGCACGACCGGACCACUGUGUCGCCUCCGCCUCCACCAUGGCCACCAGCACAGGAUGUCAAACAUGUCAAGUGGUUCCUAGCAGUGCCUCCAGAGGGCCUUUACGUCGAGGUUUACAGCCCCGAGGAGCCACACACCUUUAUCGCUGGAGGUCCAGUCGAGCAGCAAGACUGUGAUGAUCUUGAUGCAGUUUCAUAUGCGCGACUUCAACAGGUGGCUGCUAGAAUGGCCGCUGCAGAGGAGGACACCCCAUUGCUUGUCCAGGUGCUUCCGUAUUUGCCACCUCCUCCGCCUCCGCCUGAACCGGAACUUGAAGACGACGACUCCUUCGUCGCCCCACCUCCGCCAAUUCUGGCGCCUCUGCCGCCUCCGCCUGAACAUGAGCAAGCGCCACGACAGCCUCAGCCACCGGCUCUUCCGGCAGCUCCUGCUGUAGACUUCCCAGAGGAUGAGAGGACCCACCUGAUGGUCUCCGGGCGUUUCAACGACGAACAGAUGGUGGCGUACAUGAAGACAGUCAGGGACAUCCUCGUCAACGUGGGAGUCCCCGUCUUCAUGGUUGACACCCAGGGGGCCGGGGAUGCCUUUGGGACCCAGACUCUGCAAGGCCUCUACACGGCCAAGGCGUUGCUUGCUUUCUGCGGGCAGAGCUAUGGGCAGCGCACAGGAGCUCGCUAUGAAACAUAUGUGGAACUUCGCUAUGCGCACGACAACGAUCUCGAGAUCAUCCCUAUCCAGCUCUGCGAUAUUUUCCCUCCUCGCCCGCCAGAUGUAGAAGGUCGAUGUCAGAACCAUGUAAUUUUCAGAAGGGAUGUGAUGCGCAUCGUGGAUAAGGAUAUGAGCAAGCCAGAGCAUGUCGCGGACGAGAUUCUGAGAGCCUGGACCUGUCGGCUUCAACAGCGCCGAGUGUAUGCAAAGCCUUAUUGA